AUGAUGUCUGAGAUAUCCGGAAUGGCUCAUCUCUAUGGAAUUCUUGAUAUUCUGACUUUGGAAAUAAUUGCGGAUCUUCUUAGUCUGAUAGUCUACCUGAUUUUCAAAAUUACUACCAGUGUUUUCGCAGAGUAUUUUUUCAUCCAGGAUGUUAUUCCAUUUGCCCAAAUUUAUUUCAAUAGUGUCUACUGGAGCAUUGUAUAUCGAGCUCAUGGAAUUGUCCUAUUGACUAUUCAUCGGUAUUUAGUAAUUGUGAAAACUUCAUCAAAACUGACUCAUUUUAUCCUAAAUGAAAAACCUUGGCUUAUUUGGUUCCGUUUCUGGAUUCCACCAACUAUUUUCAAUUUCAUUUUCUUUUUGGAUACUAAAAUCCGAUUUGGGAUGGGACAGAUUCUAAUAUUCGCUAUGGAUACUUUAAUUGUAGAUCGCUACGCAGAAGUAAUAAUUAUAUUUUUGAGUAUUUCUUGCUUGAUCUGUUUUGUUUCCUAUGUCCUCAUCAUCUGGUUCGUGAGAUCCAAAUCUAAUGCUAUGUCACAAUCAAUCAAACGGGAACUACUUCUUGCAUUACAAAUGAUUCUUCCAUGUUUUGGACUUUUUGUGUUACAGGUGUACAUGUCUUUUCUCCAUUGUUUUGCUACUAAUGACAAUGGCUUCAUGAUCCAAUGGAUCCGCGGAUUUUUUCCACUUGUAAAUGGCAUUAUUUCAUUUAUUGGACCAGUUACAAUCCUGCUAUUCAACAUGGAAUUGUCUUCGAAAAUUAAGAUAAUUUUGAUGAAUCGAAAGUCAAUCAGCCCGUCUAUAUCAUUAGCGCCACCUCGAUCAAUCAAAUCAAUUGCCACUAAUUAUUUGAAUGCUUCUAAAUUUUUGACUUGA